ACACUGUAAGCUUGCUGCGCAUAUUGUCACAUACCACGUUCUUCUGUCCUUCUCCAGGUAGCAUCAUGCACGUGGAGGGAUCUAAUCCAUCUCCCUUGUCCAAAGCCCAGCUGGAAACCGUUCUUUCCAAACCCACGGCAAUAGGCUGUCACAUCACCUUUUGGUACCACCUGUUUGACAGCAUAGGGCUUUCCUCAGAAGUCUCCUUACACGUCACCACAAACUCAUCCCUCCAGAAGUUGUGGGAGAUAAAGAAGGCACAGACCAAGGGCUGGGAAAAUGUAACUGUCCACAUCGGGAACAGAGCCCCAGGUUCCAAGCUGCAGUUCAUGGUGACGCCCACGUUCAUCGGUGACCAGGACGUGGCACUGGAUGACAUGCAGCUGCUGGACUGCUCAGAGCGGGACGUUCCCGCCGGCUCUUCUCGGCUCUCCUGCUCGUUCGAGGCGGACGCCUGUGCCUGGUACAAUGACCAAGGUUCUCUAGCCUCCUGGGAGAGGGUCAUCGGGAAAGACCCAUGGAGCCAGCAGCUACGCCCAGACCAUGACCACACCAGCGGCACCGGUUACUACAUGUUUGUGGGUUCAAAGUCCAGAACAGCGCCCGCUGUUAAAGCCCAACUCCUGAGCUACCCCCAGGAUGCCAGAAAAGCACAGUGUCUCAGCUUCUGGUACCACAUGUUUGGAGGCACCGUUGGAUCCCUGAAGUUUAUUUCCAGACAUGCCAGAGGGGGUGACAGACUGCAGUGGGUGCGAGUUGGGACACAGGGGAACAAGUGGCACUUUGUGGACCUCCAAAUCGAAGAGAGUGACACACCAGCACAGUUUGUGUUUGAGGCCACAGUGGGCGGGGCCUAUGGGAGCAUCGCUAUCGACGACGUGGUUGUUUCCGCCGCCGCGGACGGGUCAUGCCCCGCCGAGAGAGAGUGCACCUUCCAGGGCUCCCUCUGCGGCCUACUGCAAGACCACACGGGGAACUUCAACUGGAGCAGAACCACAGGGGAGCAGUCUGUAAACACCUCCUGUCCCGGCCACGACCACACCCUGGGGACGGCUCAAGGUUACUAUCUGAGUGCCCAGAUCUGGCGCUGGUCCGUUGGUGACGUGGGCCGAGUGCUGACCCGCCUCCAUGACCCGACUCCGAAAAGUGGGGAAUGUCUGAAGUUCUGGUACCACAUGGACGGCGAAGGUGUCGGGACCCUCAGCAUCUACCUGCAAAAGCUGGACCGGUCCAGGGUGCUUCUGUGGAGCGAGCAUGGGAACCAGGGGGACCUCUGGAGGCAGGGCAGGACUACGGUCCUUAGCCAUGAUGCCCCAUACCAGGUUGUGUUUGAGGCUGUUACUGGAGAUGGUGUUGGGAUGGACAUAGCUAUUGAUGACCUCCUGAUCCUGAAUGGACCAUGCCCCCCUCAGGGGUUCUGCGACUUUGAGUCAGAUCCUUGCAGUUGGCUGAGUGUCCGUCCAUUAGUCAGCGGUAUGGACUGGGACUGGACUUCGGCGUCUAGCACUGCAGGUGGCCGCGGCCCACCCGUGGACCACACCACAAAUUCAGGUCAAGGUCACUACAUGUACUAUAGCAAAUCGAUGCUGACGUCCCCCACGACAACUAACCUGCAGAGUGAAUACCUGGAUCCCACCACUAUGGGAUGCCUUGUCUUCUGGUACCAUCUCAGUGUGCUCUAUCAUGGUGACGUGAAGUUUACAGUGCACUUGAAUGAGUCUGGGAGUCUCCGUUUAAUCUGGAACCACACGGGAUACCAAGGGAACGUCUGGCUGAAGUCCAUGGUGGAUUACUCCACGUCAAGCCGCCACCAGAUCCUGUUUGAAGCGAAAGCGCUAUCCAGCAGUUCAGUGGAUGUCGCCCUGGAUGACAUCUACAUCGUGACAAACCAGACCUGCGCAGGUUUCGUAGUCACCACGGUGGCCCCCACCACAAUACCAACAGCUGCCCCGGCAAGCCCGAUGGACUGCAGCUUUGAGGAGGGACUAUGCCGCUGGUCCCAGGAGACUGGCGAUUCCUUCGACUGGAGCAGGCAAGCAGGACGGGAGGUGGAGGCUCCUGCAGAUGGGCCUCGCUAUGAUCACAGUGUCGGCAAUGAAGAAGGGUUCUACCUGAUCAUCCCUGCAUUGGGCUCCAAGGAUGGAGAGACAGCUGUCUUAUCAAUACCCAUGAUGCUCCAGUCCACAGAUGUGUGCAUCAGCUUCUGGUACCACAUGCUGGGCUCGUCUGUCUCCAGCCUGGAGCUCUUGGUGCAGACCAGCGAAUCUGAAACGGUCAUGUGGAGAAGACACGGUACCCAGGAUGCCGAGUGGCUGAAUGCACAGGUCACCAUAAGCAAGGCCAACGUGCAGAAAAUAAAGUUGUCUGGUAGAUGGAACUCCUUCAGUAUCGGAUACAUUGCCAUUGACGACAUUACUGCCAGAGAGGGGCACUGUGUGGAUCAAGACCCAUGUGGGUUUGAGAGCCCCUUUAUGUGCGAGUAUGAACAGGACGUGACAGAUGGCGUUGACUGGGUCCGCACCACUGGGCCAGAUGGCCAAUUUGAUCGUACCUACAGGACGCAACAAGGCCAUUCCAUGGCUGUGUUUGGAAAAGACUUACAUCAGCGAGAGGUCACCAUGCUAAGGACCCCAGAGUUCCCAGCCACGACAGAGUCCUGUCUACAGUUCUGGUAUUGGCUGUCAGCGCGUGGUAAUGACACACUCUCAGUGCAUGUCACGCAGGGUGAGGAGUUGAGCCCCGCAUUGUGGGUCCUCUCUGGCGCCCCCUGUCAGAGCUGGGAGGUGGCGCAGGUUACAGUCUCUGCUGCUUCCAAAUUCAGGGUGGUGUUUAGAGCGGAGAUGGACGCGGCCCCUGGCUCCUCAGUGCAGCUGGAUGAGGUGUCACUGAGGGGCGGAGCCUGUGUCCCCACAGGAAGCUGUGACUUCGAGGAGGGUCAGGGCACCUGGAGGAACUUAGAAGACGAUGGCCAUGACUGGGUCCAGGCAGAUGGGCAUUCUCACGGGCCAAGUGUUGACCACACCACCCAGACCCCUGAGGGUAGGUAUUUAUUGAGCUCAGUUCGGAACCAGGUCCAGAACCAAAGCAGGAAGGCAAUCCUGGUUUCUGAGCGCUUCCAGAACAGUGGAACCACAUGCUUCUCGUUCUGGUACCAAAUGAAUGUCAGUGGGCCCGGGGUCCUGAGGCUCCAUCUGCAGUCUGGGGUCACCAAGAAGGACCAGUUUUACGAGACCACAGAAGGUUGGAGCAAUUGGACCCAGGUUUCCCACACAGUGCUUGGGCCCAAAGGAUUCCAGGUGCUGAUCGAGGCUGAAACCACCACAGGGUUCGUUGCCAUCGACGACCUCCUAGUGACUCCAGGACCCUGUCAUGACAAUGAAACGUCAGCAAAUUUUACGGGUUGUGAUUUUGAGACCGACAUCUGUGGCUGGGAAGACGUGAGUUCGGGUCAGUUCGUGUGGCAAAGGGGGCGUAACGGCUCAGCCACAGACAACACAGGUCCCUCCACGGACCACACCACGGGCACUGAGCUGGGGUGGUACAUGGAGGUGGAUGCGAGCCAGGGAGACGUUAACAGCUUUGCGGCACUGUGGAGUCCAGCUAUGAAAGAGGCGAGCUCACAGUGCCAACUGGAGUUCUACUAUCACAUGUACGGGAAAGGCAUCGGCCAGCUGGGAGUGCGCCUUCAUGAGAUCUCCGGGUUCACGUGGCUCUGGAGCCUCUCGGGGGACCAGGACCGGGAGUGGAGGCGCGCCUCCGUACGAGUGGGUCGCAUCCCGGGGGUGUUCCGGCUGCUCUUUGAGGCGACUCGCACCUACAGCACGCUGGGAGACAUCGCCAUAGACGACAUCUCCCUUCUGCAUUGCUCACUGCCAGAGCCCCAGGCCCAAUGUCCCUCGGAUAAUUUCCGAUGCUCCAGUGGCGUGUGUGUCGAUCCCAGAAGGGUGUGUGACUUCACCGAUGACUGCGGGGACCGGAGCGAUGAGACAGACUGCGAGCUACAGGGUUACCUGGGGAGGUGCAGCUUCGAGCACGGCCUGUGUGCCUGGGAGCCCAGCAGCAUGGGGGCCCCCGGGGCCGAGUGGGUGAGGCAGAGAGCCCCGCCUAGCUGGACCCCCCUCACCUCUGCCCCCCCUGUGGACCACACCCGAAACUCGGCAGCGGGCCACUAUGCGAUUCCUGGACGGAGUGACGUGUCAGAGAUGGUUUCUUCCACUUUACUGCCCAGCGUAAACUGCACUGUGCGUUUUUACCACUACAGCCAGAACACUGGGCAGGGCUCCGGAGAGCUGACAGUGAGGCUGAGAAGCAUCCUCAGUGCAAGCAGCGACCAGGUGCUGUGGGUCAGAGAGGGGUCACGGGCCUUCUUCUGGGAGAGAGCGGAGGUCACCUUCUCCACCCCUGUGCGCAGCAAGGUCGUGUUGCGUUACGAGAGACCAGCACGCGCUGGAGCUGAUGUGGCAGUGGACGACGUCUCCUUCUCCCUCCAGUGUGCCCAUGAUCCCAACAACAGUGCACUACCCCAACCAGCUACCCCCACAGCCCCACCCUCUACAUCCCCCUCCGCCACGCCCUGUAAGGCAGAUGAGUUCUUCUGCUGGCUGUCAGAGGAUGUGGCCUGUAUCCCUGCCAGUUCUCAGUGUGAUUACACCAAAGACUGCCCCCUAGGGGAAGAUGAGCAAAGCUGCGGUGAGGCAGACAUUGAAUUUUAG